GAGAGCGCGCACUGAGACUGUGGCCAUGGAGGAAAUGAGCGGCUUCCCGAAGGCAAGUAUCUCAAGCUCUUCUUGACAGCCCCUAUGACAGCCUCCCUCAAAGCACAGCCGGCCUCAUCUCCUCAGCCUGGGAAGAGGCCGAGGGAUGGCAGAGUUAUAGCUGGAAGUUACAACCAUGCUCCACCAGGGCUGGUACUUGGGGGACCUGUUGGGAAUGGCACUGACUCCCCGCCCUUCUUCCAGGAGCUGGUGAGCAGAGUACUGCACCUGCACUUCAGGGAUUGCAAGACAAAAGUCAGUGGGGACGCGCUGCAGCUCAUGGCGGAGUUCUUGAAGAUCUUCGUGGUAGCCGCUGUCCGUGGGGUGCAGCAGGCCCAGGCAGAGGACCUAGACAUCGUGGAUGUGGAUCAGCUGGAGAAGGUGCUCCCUCAGCUGCUCCUGGACUUCUAGAGGUUGGCCUGUGGCCUGCAGAGUCUAGGACGAAGUCCCGUCAGCAUUGACAUCCUGUUCCCCAGUUCUCCAGGUUCCAGAGAACGGGAGGACACCAGGAGCUGUUACCCUCCCUAGCUAUCGCCUCUGGGGGUCUGUGUGAGACAGGUGCAGGGAAGGUGGGCAGCCUUCCCAAAGCCACCCACCCCAACCACCCCCAUUCAUUAUAAACAAAGGCUGGCGGUGCUGCCUUCUUGCCCCCCCUCCAUCAGAGCUGCUGUGUGGCUUUUAACCACCGGACCAGGAUGCUUCCCUGCGCUGUAAAUUUGUUCUUAUAAAGCAACAUCAAUAAGUCAACACCAUCUCUCCGAGGCUUGGCCUUCUUGUUGCCAUUAAUCACACAGUCUAGUUGCUUCAAAGCCUGAGCCCCACGCUCCCUUCCAUCCGUCUCAGUGGGACAAAUGCAGAACGCUCAGAAAGGACAGGAUGACAAACAGCAUGUGUGCACACGCUGCCGUAAAACCAGAGCCUGCACACAUGUGGCUGGCUCACUCCUGCCACAGCCACAGCAGCUGCCACUAGUAGGCAGUGCAGUCCAAGAAUGUCUCUGUGAACCAGUAACGGUUCACCGGUUCA